GAAACUAGGAUUGGACUUACCUGGUGAAACUAGGAUUGUAGUCCAUCUUGUUCCAUAUGGUUCUCUUAGUUUGGCCCAUUUAGUGAAGUCAUUGCUUAUGUAUAGCUUGUCUGUUUUAUGGUAAGAAACUAAAGGUCAUGCGUCUGGUGUGAAGUUCACAGGAUAAACACUAACCUAGGAUAUGGCUCUUCCACUGAAGUCAUUGCUUACGUAUCACUUGUCCAUUAUAUGGUAACUAAAGGUCAUGCGUUUGGUGUGAAGUUCACGGGAUAAACACUAACCUUGUAUAUGGCUCUUCCACUGAAGUCAUUGCUUACGUAUCACUUGUCAAUUAUAUGGUAACUAAAGGUCAUGCGUCUGGUGUGAAGUUCACGGGAUAAACACUAACCUUGGAUAUGGCUCUUCCACUGAAGUCAUUGCUUACGUAUCACUUGUCCAUUAUAUGGUAACUAAGGGUCACGCGUCUGGUGUGAAGCUCACGAGAUACAUGUUUAUUAGACCUCAAAUUUCAUCCACAUUCAGUAUAAAAAGGCUUGCUAUUAUACAAGACUCACUCAACUAUUCAGUCUUUCUGCAAGGCUUUCACCUAGUGUUUUGAUUGGGCUCUUUCUACCUUUUGAAGCCGUUGCCAACAUGCAGGUUUUUGCUAUGUUAAUAUUGGUCUCUACAUUCUGUGCAUGGAUGCAUUCAUAUCAUGAUCUAUAAUUUGUAUCUCUUUAGGGUCCCUCUAUUAGUCUCUUGCUUAUUUUUUUUAUCAUACUCAUUCACUUUUUCAUGGAAAAUUUUGGUUCAUACUUUUCUAGUUUCAUGUCAGGCUCAAUAUCUGGGUAUUCAUAAAGGUGUAAGGAUUAACUGGAAAAGAAAAUCUAUUUCUCUGAUGGAUCAUUUGGUUUUUAAAAUCUUGUUCUUUUCUCCUUGAGUAAAUGUGAAGCUUUUAUUAUUUAUAUUUGAGUUUUUCUUCAAUUCUCAUUUUCGUUGUUCUUUGUUCUUGUGUUUUUCCCAUUCUUUUUUUUUUUUCACCCUUUUUUUUUUUUUUUUUUUUUUUUUUGGCCAUAAACAAUAGUGUGUUUUUCUAAAUCAUCUUAGGUAUUCCCAACUAAUUUUCUUUUGAAUAUAUGAGUCUAGAUAUGUAUCACGGUUUCCAUUCAGAUUAAAUAAUUCGUGAUAGAAAUGUAAGAAAAAUCAAGUCCUUAAAUGUUUUAUUUUUCAUUCUUCAUUAUUUUAGUUCCCCUUCAAUUUUCUUGUAAGUUGUAACACUUCAAUUUUUAUAUUGUGGUAAUUUGAAAACUUUCAUGAUAUUUUGUUUCUCUAGAAGUAAGUUUCUAAUAUAUAUUGCCUGUUUCUGAUGAAGGAGCUUAAAGAAGGUGAAGGUGAAGAUGAAAAGGAAGAUGAUCCAGUUAAGAAACUAAGUUUUGACUGUCAGAUCAGUGAUCUACCAAAACUGUAUGGUACGUUCUUGAGCCUCAACUUCAUCACCAUAAUCGCUUAAAUUUUUUUAGAAUAAAGUGUUCACGUUUGG